AAAACAUCCAUGAGGUCCAAGUUCUGCUUUCUAACAGUGCUGUACAUUUCAGCAAACUGAAAGUGUCUUUAAUGGAAACCAGAAAGCACACGUUGACCCACACAAAUUAAAUCCCCGAUUAUGAAAUUCAGCUUUUCUGGGGAACUUUGAGGGGAAUAUUUAUUUUAUUUAUAUUGCAUACUAACGUUAAUGUUUGUGUUUUUGUAAGUGGAGGGGAAUCUCAGCUGCAGAGGGACAUUUUCAAUCAUUUGACGUUUGGAGCAGGUAGUUCAGCACAUCGUCAGCGUUGAUUAAAAUCCAAAGUGGAUUUUAAGAUAAUUAAACAACUCCAUUCUGAAAAUUUAAUUUGUGCUUUCACUUCCUCCUGAACUUUGCUGACCCCUGACUUGGUUUCAUGGUUUUUAUGUAUCAUGAUUUGCACGGGGAAUAUUGGAAAUCAGUGUUGGCCAUCAGCUAAACUCUCUGGUUCAAACUUCCGUCUGUUUAUCUAAACUCAGUUAUUCAGAUAAAAGUUUACACUAGAUAAGACAAAUGAUUGCAGCUGCUUGAACAAAAAGCAAAACUAUUUCCUGUAAUAAGCAGGUACGAUGUAAGAACACGACUUCGCAUGAAUUCAGGAAACAAUAAAAAAAGAAAAGAAAAAAAAAUCCAGACCUUUGCUUUCUGGAAUUUAUUCAUGUGUUUUAGGUUAUUUGUUUUGUGAUUUAAUAGAUGGUGGAUGAGACGGUCGUAUAAAAACAUGAGUCAUUCACUCAUGCAGUCUGACUUGUUUAGCAAUAACAAGGGAAAAAAACUGUCUAAAACCGAAAGCAUUCGUUCAACUUCUGAAGCGCAGCAGCAAGUCUGACUGGAGUCCCUCACAAAGCAAUAAAGAGGAAACAAGAAAAUAAAAUCUGAGAUGGGUCGGCAUGACGGGAAAUCCAAAACAUUUGCCAUCAGUUUGCUGCUGCUCACUGUGUGCUGCAGCCACAUCACUGCUGCUAGCAUGAAGGAGCAUCUGGCCGAAUGCCUGGAGGACAAAGACUACGACCUUCUGCUGGAGACGCUGAAAAACGGCCUUCCAUGCAUUAAUACCUCUAAUCAUGUCGUUAUUGUUGGGGCUGGCAUGGCUGGACUGACCGCAGCUAAACUGCUUCAAGAUGCUGGACACGAGGUGACCAUAGUGGAGGCCAGCGGCCGCGUUGGUGGACGAGUGGAAACCUACAGGAAUGAGAACGAGGGCUGGUACGCUGAACUGGGAGCCAUGAGAAUCCCAAGUUUUCACCAGAUCGUCCUCUGGUUUGUGGAGCAGCUGGGCCUGAAGUUGAGCAAGUUCACGAUGGACGACAACAACACAUAUUACCAUGUCAACGGGGUGAAGAAAAGAACGUAUGCAGUCAAAGCAAACCCUGAUAUCCUCCAGUUCAAAGUGCGAGACAGCGAGAAGGGGCGUUCGGCCGACCAGCUGCUGCAGGCAGCUUUGAAAAAAGUCAGAGAUGAAGUGGAAACUCACGGCUGCAAAGCUGCACUGAAAAAGUACGAUCAUUACUCUGUGAAGGAAUAUUUGAAAGAAGAAGGGAAUCUGAGCCUUGAGGCCAUCAGGAUGAUUGGAGAACUUCUUAACGAACAGAGCAUGAUGUACACGGCCCUGACCGAGAUGAUCUACGACCAGACAGACGUCAGCGACAACGUCACGUACUAUGAGGUGAUUGGUGGGUCGGACCUCCUGCCCAGAGCUUUUCUCACGUUGCUUCAUGGUCCGAUUCUCCUGAACUCCAAGGUUCAGCGCAUCAGCCGGUCAAACACAGGCGUCACCGUCUCCUACCAGGCGGACCAGGAAUCCUCUCUGCGCCACAUCGACGCCGACGCCGUCCUGGUGACGACCACCACAAAAGCAGCUCUUUACAUGGACUUCGACCCGCCGCUGUCCAUCCAGAAGAUGGACGCUCUGAGGUCGGUCCAUUACGACAGCUCCACCAAAAUCCUCCUGACCUUCAGCCAAAGGUUCUGGGAGAAAGACGGCAUCAGAGGGGGAAAGAGCAUCACCGACCGGCCGACACGAUUCAUCUACUACCCGAGCCACGGCUUCCCAGGCAACGACUCCAUUGGCGUCCUCCUGGCCUCCUACACCUGGUCUGACGACUCCCUCCUCUUCCUCGGCGCCAGCGACGAAGAGCUGAAGGAGCUGGCUCUCAGAGAUCUGGUCCUGUUGCACGGUGACAGGGUCAGGUCGCUCUGCACCGGUGUUCUGGUGAAGAAGUGGAGUCAGGAUCCAUUCAGCCACGGCGCCUUCGCUCUUUUCACGCCUUACCAGCACCUGGAGUACGCAGCGGAGCUCUUCAGGAGCGAAGGCAGAGUUCACUUUGCUGGAGAGCACACGGCCUUCUCGCACGCCUGGAUCGAGACGGCCAUGAAGUCGGCCAUCAGGGCCGCCGCCAACAUCAACACGGAGGCCAUAUUGUUUUCAGACAGAUGCAGAGGGAGAGAUGAGCUCUGAAACCAAAGAAGAAUCAAAUUCUGUUCAUUUGUAAAUGAGAAACAUUUUGUAAUUUGUUUUAUUUGGGUUUUUGUCUAGUUGCAUCU